GCAUUAUCGUGUGCGGUAAAAGACGUGACGUCACACCGACAUGAUAUUGGAAGUAUGUAGGAAUUAGAAAAUCAGCCAAGCCAACUGAAAUAUCUCGGUGUCGCGGGAAUCUGGCUUCUGUGACUCGUUUCUGUGUCGCAUAUUUUUAACAGAAGAUAAUUUUGAUGAAUAAUUCCGUAAUUGGACCAUAGUAGGCAGAACUUUGUAAACUGUAAUAAGCCCAGCUUGCUGUACUGCAUUACAACAGUCAGACAGUAGAUCUGUUUAAUAGUUUUGUUAUGGAUUAUGAGUUCAAACAAAUGCUGGCGACCAAGAGGCGAAAAGUGGAAGAUCUUUUUGAAUAUGAAGGCUGUAAGGUGGGACGUGGAACUUAUGGCCAUGUUUAUAAAGCUAUAAAGAAGGAUUCCUCGGACAAAAAUGAAUAUGCUUUGAAAUUGAUUGAAGGCACUGGGAUUUCAAUGUCUGCUUGCAGAGAAAUUGCACUUCUGAGAGAAUUGAAGCAUCAGAAUGUCAUAUCAUUGAGAGCAGUUUAUUUAUCACAUUCUGACAGAAAAGUUUGGCUACAAGUUGACUAUUCGGAACAUGAUCUAUGGCAUAUAAUCAAAUAUCAUCGAGCUUCCAAGUCUAACAAGAAACCUGGCACAAACAUUCCAGCACACACUGUCAAGUCAUUACUUUAUCAAAUUCUAGAUGGGAUACAUUAUUUACAUUCAAACUGGGUUUUGCACAGAGAUUUAAAACCUGCAAACAUACUAGUUAUGGGAGAAGGACCAGAAAGAGGAAGGGUAAAAAUAGCAGACAUGGGAUUUGCAAGACUAUUCAACUCACCACUCAAACCUCUUGCUGAUCUCGAUCCAGUUGUCGUAACUUUCUGGUACAGAGCUCCAGAGUUACUUCUUGGAGCAAGACAUUACACAAAGGCAAUUGACAUCUGGGCAAUCGGAUGUAUAUUUGCUGAACUUCUCACAUCAGAACCAAUAUUUCAUUGUAGACAAGAAGACAUAAAGACAUCAAAUCCAUAUCAUCAAGAUCAAUUAAGCAGGAUUUUUAGCGUUAUGGGAUAUCCACUCGAAAAAGAUUGGGAAAGCAUCAGAAUUAUGCCAGAAUAUUCAGCAUUCCAAAAAGAUUUCCGCAAACAAAACUAUGCAACAGCUUCUCUUGCCAAAUAUAUGGAUAAACACAAAAUCAAACCUGAUACAAAAGCAUUUGCACUGUUAUCCAAGCUUCUAAUCAUGGAUCCACAGAGAAGAAUAACAUCAGAUAUGGCUAAAGUUGAUCCAUACUUCAAUGAAGAACCUAUUCCUAAUAAAGAUGUGUUUGGCGCCGGCCCUAUUCCUUAUCCAAGAAGAGAAUUCAUAAAUGAUGAAGAAAUUGAAGACAAAAAUGAAAAAAAUUUGAAGGCACAACACAGAGAUAAUGUGAUGAACGAUAAUUCAUCCGGUCAACCUCCAUCAAAACGAGUUAAGUUUAAUUCAGGAAAGAAUGGACAAAACAUGCAUCAAGGUGUAAGGCAAGCUGGUGGGUAUCAAGGUAUGUCAGGUUCAAGUGGAAAAUCUUUAGGUCAAUCAACUUCACAACAACAUCAUUUACACAAUCAUAUGUCUCAGACGAUGGCUGGCAGUUCAUCAGGUCAUGGGUCACUUGGGCCACAACAGCCUGGACAGAGACCAAUCACGCAUCAAAAAAACAUGUCUUCUUUUACUAAUAGUAAUAAUAAUAAUACAUCCGGGCAUAAUAUGUAUGGAAAAUUUUAACAGAAAAUUGAAAAAAAGCACUAAAAACCUCAAAUGUACUAACACGAACCAUGGAAAAAUUAAGUAUUGCGAUAUUUAACAAUACUUCGAGAUCUUUUUCCACAGGGGGUGGUGAUGUGAUUUAUCUCACUAUUUUACAUGAUAUGAUUCCAUUUUGUUUCACUAAUGCAGUUGCCAAACAUAUUUGUACUUUUGUGUUGUGGUGGUUAGCUCUUAUAUUGUUAAAACAGUUGAUGAAUCCUUGUUAAACCAUGGCUGUUAUCUGCUCAAUAUUGUAGAUCAUAUGAUUAUAUUCUCCUUCAUUUCUGAUUACUUGGCUCAUAGUUAAGAUACUCGACUAAUAAAUCUUAUUUGCCAAGGACUUAUUGCCCUUGUUAGGGCAGUGGUAUUCAAUCUGUAAGAGAUGUGUAAUCUGAAAUAACCAUCUAUGAUGAAAUAUCAAUCUUUCACAUCCUUCAAUACCUUAAAGAAAGGUCAGCCACGUGUCUGUAUAUAAAUAUGAAAUACAAGAUGGUUUCCAUAAUGAAUUUGAAAUAACCUUAGCUUUAUAUUUGUGUUGUUACCUUUUUAUGCUUUAAUUUUCUAUUCAUCUAACUCAAAAUACGAGGUGCUCUUUUCAAUAUGAAUCUAAUAUUUUGUUCCUACUAGGAAUAGCUUGCUCAUAAUUUUAUCUGAGAGGAUCUUUGACCUAUUUGUUCAAUAUGACUCCGAAUUCAUAUUGGUAAGUUUGAUUGAUGAUACAGUUGGGAUUCAGACGCAUCAACAGAAGCACCAUAGCUCUGGUUUUGAUUCUGUGAAAUAUUCUCCUUUAUUUACAUUUGCGAGAGGACUGUUUAUCCACCAUGCUUAACUGUUAUAUACAGAAAGAUGGAAAAUGAUAUACCGGUAUGCGCAAUACUUGGUGUACAAUUGUUCUACUCUACGGACUUUUACAUUUUUUUUGGCCUAAUGCUUUUACAUUAUUUCUCGUUUUCUGAAUGCAUUCAACAUCUGAUACGAAAGCUGACAGGAGAAGAUUUGGUAGACUUUCAAAAUAUAUUUUGGCUAGUUGAUA